AUUAGCGGUGGCAGUUGGAAUGAAGUGCAAGUUAUGUCUUGCUUACUGCUACUUCCUUCACCAAGCAACCAAAGAUAUUUGUUUUGAACACCCCGUGGACAUGGCUCGUCUAUCUUUAAAUCCAAUCGGUUUUCAUAGAUUCCAACCAUGCCUCCAUCUUCAACCUUCUCAACAGUUCACCCUAUAUCCUCCUCGUCACCGCCACAUCAAAUUCCUCACCUUAGCUUCCCAAACAGACCCAAACCAUAACGAAAAAGAUAACACUACCUCAACAACACCGCCUCAGGAAAUAAAAGUGGUGGUUGAGCCUAGCACUAGUAGCAGUAAACCGACGACAACUUCAGCCGUUGAUUCAACUAGUCUUCCUCAAUUGCCAAGUAAAGAUAUCAAUAGAAAAAUCGCUAUUGUUUCUACUUUAGCAGCUUUGGGACUUUUCGUAUUUGCUAGAUUGGAUUUUGGUGUUUCUUUGAAGGAUCUCUCUGCUGUUGCAUUGCCUUAUGAACAGGCUCUUUCAAAUGGGAAGCCUACUGUCGUUGAGUUUUAUGCAGAUUGGUGUGAGGUUUGUCGGGAAUUAGCUCCUGAUGUCUACAAAAUUGAGCAGCAGUACAAGAAUAAAGUGAACUUUGUGAUGUUGAAUGUGGAUAACACGAAAUGGGAGCAAGAGCUUGACGAGUUCGGUGUGGAGGGUAUUCCACACUUUGCCUUCCUCGAUAAAGAAGGGAAUGAAGAGGGCAACGUAGUAGGUAGACUUCCAAGACAAUACUUGCUUGAAAAUGUAGACGCGCUUGCUCGUGGUGAAACAUCGGUGCCUCAUGCACGUGUUGUAGGUCAAUAUUCGAGUGCUGAAGCAAGAAAGGUGCAUCAAGUUGUUGAUCCAAGAAGUCAUGGUUAGAUAACAACAUACAGUACUCUCUUCAUACUGUUUUACAGUGAAUUGUUAGAUUUGUCAAUGAGCAACAUUUCAGCAGACAAAUUAAAAACAUUGUAAAAGCCGGUUAUAGAUUAGGAUCUAAAACCCGAUAUCAAUGGCAAUUGUUAGCUCAAAUGUCUAUUUUCGUGCGAUCUCUGGGCACUUCAACGCUUAUAAGUUCGCUACUCUACUCACUGUACUGAUGUGUUUAAACCAUGUAUAUCUGUUUACCCUCCGAUACUAAAUUCACGAAACUCUUGGUCAAUCAGAAAUUGUUGCUGUAGAUACAA